GUAUAGAUCACCUGACGUGGAGACAUGCCAGCCAUCAGCAGCGCACCUGCGAGACUGCAAGCUCAGCAGUUAAUCACCAUAAAAGGCCUUGCCGGCCACAUGCUCGCUCUCUUGGACCUCGACCUUCAUAGUGAAAACAUUGUGUAGUGAUUAUUGUUAAGGUAAAAGUGUGUAAUGGACAAAUAAAGCUUUUUAAAAAAAGCAAACCAGGACUCCAUCCUGUAAUUGGCGCAGCCUACGGUAGGUGCGUUAGUAAGUGAAGUGAAAAACAGUGUAUAGGUGAAGUGAAUUUCCAAGGAAAGGAACAGCCGCAAGAGAGCCUCCGCGACUAAGCAUCUGACCAAGGUUGGAGUUGAGGGGCCACCGCACGACACUCCUAACGUACCGCCGGCCAACGAUUGCAAGGAAUCAUUUCAGCCAAUCCGGAUACUUCGUUUUAGCCCAUCAUCAAGUAGAAGAUGUCACCAUAGAAGCAAGGCAAUGCACAAUCAUCUCCCAAGAACACGACCGUGCACACCGAGGAGUAACUGAAGUAGUUAACCAGCUACAGCGAGCAUACUUUUUCCCACGUAUGCAUAGCAAGGUUAAAGCUAUCAUCAACUCAUGUGUCAUAUGUAAUCGACACAAAUAUGAAAGAAAGCCUUUUAAUAUCAAAGUCAGCCCUAGACCAAUAACAAACAAACCCUUUCAAAGAAUCCAUAUGGAUAUUUUUAUUAUCGACAGGUGUAGUUUUCUCUCAUUAGUAGAUUCUUUUUCAAAACACUUGCAAAUGAUCUACCUCAAGUCAAAAAAACCUAACAGACGUUCAAAAAGCCUUAGGAAAAUACAUAUCUUUGUUUGGCGUUCCAGAAACAAUUAUCACAGAUCAUGAAACAACAUUUUUGUCAAUUCAAUUUAAAAACUUUUUAGCUAGCCUCGGCACAAGAUUAGAAUACGCUUCUUGUUCAGAGACCAACGGUCAAGUAGAAAGAACGCACUCCACAAUAAUCGAAAUUUUCAAUACAAAUAAACACAAAUACUCAGGAAUGAAUACAAAAUCAAUAACCAAACUUUCCGUUGCUUUGUAUAAUGACUCUGUCCACUCAACAACAAAAUUCAAACCCAAUGAAUUAAUCUUCAAUCAAAAUAAUAUCAGUGAACCCGCACGAAUUAUAGCAGAUGCUCAAAGAUUGUUUCUAGAAGCUAGGAAGAACAUUCAAAACUCUCAAGAGAAAAUCUUAAGGAGAAAUUCUAACAAAGAAGAACCCCCUAUUUUAACAGAAGGUGAUAACGUUUACGUUAUUCCAAAUAUUAGAACGAAAACCCAACCUAGAGCAAAAGAAACUAAAGCAUUACAUAUUUCAGAAAAAACGUUUAAAAAUCCUAAAGGUAUAAAAAGACAUAAGAGAAAAAUCAAACGCCCAAAAAAGCAGCAAUAACAGUAAUUCAUUCUAAAUUUUCUUCUUUUCAAUCUUUUCCUCUCUCCCUCAGUGCAAAAUGUUAAUUCACCUUAUAUAUUGCAUUACAUUGCUAAAAAUUAUACACACGCAAGAAUUAGAAAUUACAAAUCUGUAUGAAAAUCCUAUCCUUUUAAUAAAAACCGACAAAUGUAAAAUUCAAACAGGGGUAAUAAAAAUUGUGCACCCCAUUAAUCUAACAGAUAUUGAAAUAACAAUUCAACUACUAUCGAACAUUGCAUAUAAAAAAAUACAAGACUCUGAUCCAUUAACGGUAAUAAUUAAACAAAAAGUUAAACAACUAUACAAUAACUUUUAUCAAAUUAAGCCGUCGAAAAGAGUGAAGCGAUGGGACAUCAUCGGAACAACCUGGAAAUGGAUUUCGGGCAGCCCGGACGCGGAGGACCUCAGGAUCAUCAACGGAUCGCUGAACCACCUUGUCAGCGAAAACAAUCAACAAGUCAAAAUCAACAAUCAGAUCAACGAUCGCAUUCUCCAAUUAACGAACUCGAUCAACACAAUUGCAGUCAACUCCCAGGUCAACAAAAUACUCCUUAAUGAAAUCGACAUCAUAACCACCAUCGUGAACAUAGACACUUUGAACAAACUACUAACUGAUAUCCAGGAUGCAAUACUUCUAUCGAAAACUCUCACGGCGAAUAGCAGAAUUCUGUCAAUGGCAGAAUUACAUCUCAUCUAUACACUACUUGAAGAACAAGGAGUCUACUCUGAUCUACCAGAAGAAGCGAUGAACUACGUCACUCCAAAGAUAGCAACCACUCAAGACACCCUUCUGUACAUCCUACAGGUACCACAACUAUCACCAAAAGAGUCAUCGAUUUUUCGGUUGUUCCCGCUAAACAAUUUCAAUACGGUAAUCAAAAAUUGUCCCAACUACAUCAUCAAACACGGGAAAGAGUUAUUUCUUACAACAGAACCAUUGCAGUACGUACAGCAAUCAUCAUUCAUCCAGCCCUUCUCCGAUGAAUGCAUUUUACCUAUGAUCAUGGGCACCAAAACCCAUUGCGAAACCAUCAGUGAUAACAAAACAAAGACAACAUUUGUCUCAGAAAACUCCGUUCUCAUUACCAACGCCAAAAAUGACCUAUUGUCAACAAAUUGUGGUCCCGACAACAGAACUGUGAGCGGAAAUUUAUUGGUUUCAUUCAUCAACUGUACGAUCAGCUUCAACCAACAAAACUUUACAUCCAAAGAAUUGAGGAUGAAAGCAGAAAUUUUGCAAGGAUCUUUUCAUAACCUAAUCGUGGAGAGAAAACUUGCAAAUGUUCCCGAUAUAAAGGUAAUCAACAACAACACAAUCCAGAAUCGACAGAAACUGGAUCACAUCUACCUCAAACAGUACAAAAAUGAUGUUUGGAACUGGAGCUUAUUCGGAGGCCUUUCGCUAUCGACCAUUUCAGCUAUCAUCAUUUUCACGUUCAUGUUAACUUUCUACAAAGACUUAUCCAACAGACUCUCUAAAAGGACACGCCAUAGAAGAAGUAAAAUUGCAGCAAAGAAUUCAAGUGUCGAGGACGCCACUUUUUCACCCCCCGGAGGAGUUACGGUAGAACCCGACCAAGUAUAGAUCACCUGACGUGGAGACAUGCCAGCCAUCAGCAGCGCACCUGCGAGACUGCAAGCUCAGCAGUUAAUCACCAUAAAAGGCCUUGCCGGCCACAUGCUCGCUCUCUUGGACCUCGACCUUCAUAGUGAAAACAUUGUGUAGUGAUUAUUGUUAAGGUAAAAGUGUGU